AUGUCAGUACUCAGGGGUAAGAUACCGAACCAUGGAUCGAUAAUAUCAUCCCGAUACUUCUCAAACGCAGUCAUAAGAUCCAACUUAUUCGGUGGUUCUAAGACCAUCAAUCAAUUCAAACAAUUCAAAUUUGAACCACCAUCAGGUAAAGGAGAAACCACCGCUAAUCCUGCUGAUUUAUUUAAAAAGAAUGAUAUCUUGAUGUUUUCCGAUAAACCCAUCAAUUAUAUCGAAAGUGUCAAAGCGAAUGGAUUCCAUUUGACUAAUAAUUUAUUAAUUACUUCUCCUGAUAAACAAAACAACAUCAUUGGGACUUUAAUGUUACAAAGUGAGACGUUUGAAGUUAAUCUUAGUAAUGGGGCAUAUGAAAUCAUCAAUGGGUUUAUAGUGGAGUUCAGUGAGAAGGAGAUCUUACAAGUUUUCAAUAAGAUCCAUCCUAAGCCUGAGAUUUUGGUUAUUGGAUUAGGUAAAAAGUCAAGAAUGUUAAGUGAAUCAAAUCGAAAAUAUUUAUCGAAUUUAGGAAUACAAUUAGAAAUCAGUGAUUCUAAUAAUGCUGCUCAAAUGUUUGAUUUAUUAGCUACAGAAAGACCAAAUACAAUAGGAGCGUUAUUAUUACCUCCAAAUGUUUGA